GAUUUAUUUCCACACAGUCAAAAAAAAUCUUCUGAUAUAACAUCAUUAUAGUUGUACAGUAUUCGCUUUGUAAAAGUGAUAUAGAAAUUAUAUACUUUCCACGAAAACUCUUUGUGAACAGAACAAUUAAUUUUGAAUAAUCAAGCAUCUCAAGUAUCAGCUAAAUUUGUUUCGCCGGAAAACCAUGGUCUGUCAAAGCUCAUUAAAUUUCAUUGCAUUGUACGCUGUUGUUGAUUUGAAAAAUUGAGCAGAUGGUCAGUCUAGACUCUAGAGGUUUUUUAAAUUCAUGCCCACCAAUAGAAGAAAAAAACAACAUGAGCAUAGGACAGGGAAUGCAAGAUGAUUUGUUGAAAAAUCUGCAUCACCCUAGGCAUCACCAUUUUCAAAAAUCUGUAUCCCAUACAAAUUGUGUGUGAAAAAUCUGUAUCCCAUACAACAAUAAAUAAUCCGUCUUGCCCAAAAAUCGGUGUUUCAUAUAAAACGAAAUCUGUACGGAUGCUCAAAAAUCUGUAAAAUACAGAAAAAUCUGUACAUAUACAUAUAUGGAAUUCCUGGCAUAGGGCACAAAGCAUAGCCAUUGUUGAUUCGUUGCAAGGGGGUGACGUAACGGUGACCUAUGCUCAUUUCAUCUCAGCCUACACACCAAAUUUUUAGUGCUGGUAAUCAGCAAAAUUUUGCUGAAUUUUUUUGUGCUGUACUUCCAGCAAAGCAUUCAGCAAAAUUUGUUUUGCUGGACUUACAGCAAUUCGUUUUGACAGUUAUUUUGCUGAAUUUUCAGCAAUCUGCAACAUCUCUCUUUCGGGCUCAUAUUGCUGAGGAACCAGCAAAACUUUUGAGAUUAUUUUGGGUUCGGUUUUCGAAAUAAAAUAACACAACACAGGAAAAUCCUAAAUUACAAUCAUUUAUUCCUGUAUCUCUCGUACAGUUUCCUAAGGCUAAAACACUUCAAUUGGUAAUAUAAUUCCAGCUGUCGCGGUCGUCUCUUUCCCAGCUGCCAACAGCAAUCCAAUGAAGAGACAAUUCAGCUGCAUCUGGAAAGAUCAAUUUGAAGGAGAACUCACUUGCCUUGUACAAAACACCUUUUAGGUGAUUUAACAUACCUUAAUUGUGCAGAUUUUUGGAAACUUUCGCGAUAAAAUCCUGAAGAACUGUAAAGAACUUGUUCGGUAUUUGUUUAUUCUCUUCGGCUUGCCGUCAAAUUUUAAGUGUUUGACAGAUGCCUUGCUGGUUGAACCAGUAAUUAUUGCGACUUGCUGAAUCUUCAGCAAUCCGAAUUAACGUUGCUGAUUUUACAGUAAACAUUUAUUUGCUGGAGGCGGUUCAGCAAUUUAUUUUGCUGGAAGGCGAAUCAAAUUUUUGGUGUGUAUAUACUGGGAUUCCCACAGUAAAGCCAACCUCAUCGAAGUGCUCUGAUUCAGUGUGUGAGUAACGCUACUUGUAGAAAGAUGAAAUCAAUUAUUCUCGUUCUCUUGAUCUAUACUUGUACCGUAUUAGGUUCCAAACAUUAUGUCGUCUCAAAAGAAAAGGCAACCUGGCACGAUGCCUUCAAUCACUGCAAAGCCAACGGUACGCAAUUGGUGUCAGUAGCAAAUCGAACAGACUACCAUCACCUCCAGACAUUCAUUGCGAAGAGACUCAACUGUACCGAAAAGUGUGCCGUGUGGAUUGGUGCUAACGAUUUGGCCACCAAAGGAACGUUCACAUGGGUUGCCACCGGCCGAAGGGUUGAAUUCACCAACUGGAAGCCGAAGAAGAAGCUGGAUAACGUGAGCAAAGCCCGCGAAGAGCAUUGCAUUGAAGUCCUGUAUUAUCUGAAGAGGAGUUACCGGUGGCACUGGCGCAAAAGCGAAUGUCGGCGUAAAAGGUACUACGUUUGUGAAAAGGUGCACACUUGAAUUUAUUAAUCAAGCUAGAAGAGCAUGAUUGAUUAAAGGAUUGUUUUAGUUUUCUAUUGA